AGAGAAGCUAUUUCACAAGAAUCAAGAUUCAUAAUCGACAUACUUUCGGAGAAAGACGAGGGAAGAUCUGUAACUGAAUGAUAUAGAAAUGGUUUUGAAAAUUGGAGGGAGAAUUGAAAAAGUGAACGGCAGAGAACUAACUUACAGUGAGUUCGCCGAGAAAUAUAUGUCCCAAAACCAACCUGUGCUUCUUACCGGACUUAUGGAUGAUUGGAGGGCUUGCAAGGAUUGGGUUUUAGCUAAUGGAAAACCCAAUCUUCACUUUUUCUCUACCCAUUUUGGGAAAUCCAAAGUUCAGGUUGCAGAUUGUGGGACUAGAGAGUUCACUGAUCAGAAGAGAAUAGAAAUGACUGUUUCUGAAUUUGUUGAUCAUUGGCUUCGUGAUUGUGGUGCUGGUGACGGGUCUUUAUUGUAUUUGAAGGACUGGCAUUUUGUAAAGGAAUAUCCAGAGUAUAUUGCAUACAGAACUCCCAUGGACUUUUCAGAUGACUGGCUGAAUUUCUAUCUUGACAAAUUUCGUAUGCAUAAUGAUCCUGAUACAUAUAGUGAGAGAGAUAAAAUAAGUUGCUCUGACUAUCGUUUUGUAUACAUGGGAUCAAAAGGAACAUGGACACCUCUUCAUGCCGAUGUAUUCAGGUCAUACAGUUGGUCUGCAAAUGUCUGUGGAAAAAAACAGUGGUAUUUUCUGCCUCCAAGUCAACAUCACUUGGUUUUUGACAGGAAUAUGAAAAGUUCCGUAUAUGACAUCUUUGCUGACGUUUCUCAAUCAAAAUUUCCUGGAUUUGAAAAGGCUAUCUGGUGGGAGUGCACCCAAGAGGAAAAUGAAGUAAUCUUCGUUCCCAGUGGAUGGUAUCAUCAAGUUCAUAAUCUGGAGGAUACCAUAUCCAUAAAUCAUAACUGGUUCAAUGGAUAUAAUUUAUCUUGGGUGUGGGAUUUGCUUUUAAAAGAUUACAAUGAGGCUAGUGAAUACAUUGAAGACCUCAAAGGAUGCGAUGACUUUGAGGAGCUUUGCCAACGAAAUCUUGCCGCUAAUACAGGCAUGAAUUUCUACGACUUCUUCAUCUUCAUUGUGCGCUUUGCCUUUGCAAAUGUAGUCCUACUACAUACAUUUGCCCAGGUAAAGAACGAAACAAGUCGGAAACCAUCAAAAGCACUGCAGCAUAUAUGUUUUAACCUCGAAUCAAUAAGAAGUACCGCUGUGAAAAUGAAACCCAUAAAUACAGGGGACAGACAAGGUGUUUUACUUGACUUGAGGAAAAACUUGGAGGAUCACUCAUUUAUAGAGCUCUGUGCAGCUGUUGGAAAAGCAUAUGAACUGAUAUAUGACACAGAUGAGAUGACCCCCACAUUAUUGCAGUGUACGGACUUGAUGUGUACUAGUUUUGUUAGAUCUCAAGUUCAGAGUUCUGAAGACCUAGUUGCCUUUAUCGAUGAUCCUUUGACAAAAUUAGGUGGUGCUUUUUCUCGUUAGGAAUAUCUGUAUACAUAUAUGAAAUAAGAAGUUCAUGUCCUUCGCAUAUCGAUAGAUGACAGCACGCUGAUUCUGAAGGAGUACAUCAGGUUUAUCAUCACCCUCUUUUACAUGUUAGUGU